AUGGCAGAGCAACAUCGCAGUCUCCGUUCUGUGUACUCAGAAGCCGAACAGAAGCGAGGGACGAUCGAGAACAGCUACGACAGCAACUCGGCGAGCUUUCAAGACAACCUCCUGCUGGCGAUCCAGCUGUACGAAGAAUGCCUCAAGAUCGUAGAACAGAUCUCCCUAUUCAGCCCAAACGAGUCCCUCGAAGACAUAGGAACGACCGACCUCCAAUACCUCCUCCUCAACUACCGCCUCGCCGAGCUGAUAUUACGAAUCAACGGCCAAGAGCAGCGGAAAGCCAACCUUCAAAAAGCGCAGCAAAGCUUCGAGAGAUAUUUGAAGCAGCUGGAUAACUAUGAGCUGCUGUCGAAGGAGGAUGUCAGGCUGUUCGAACAGUACCAAGAGUCGCCGAACACCUUCUCCACCGCCUCAACGAGCGAUCCCGCAGCACGAAGAGAUGCAAAGAUCAGACGGUUCAAGGAAGAGAAGGCGCUGAAGCAGAAGCUCGAGUAUAUGCGACAAAAUCCGCAGAUUGUACAGAACGACGACGAAGCAUAUCGCCAGUUGCAGUUGACGAACAUCGCCUAUUGCACGCACCAGACUUUUGCAUCUUUCGAGUCCAUAGGCCAAGAGCUCCACAUCCUCUCCCUCGCGCCUCCAUCCCCGCCACCGGACCAGCGACAGCAGCCGAAUGAUGCAAGAGAACGAAAUGGAAGAAACGCAAAUGGCUACAGCGAACGCCUGGAUGCGCCACAUCUCUCUGCAGGAAUGCGCGGACCGCUUCUCGACGGCCAGGGCAAACCGUUACGCCCUUUUACCCUCACCAGCAAGAGAACGGAGUUCCGCGAUGGCGUCUUUAGACCUGAUCACAGCCUGCCGACCAUGAGCAUUGAUGAGUAUCUUGAGGAAGAGCGGAAACGUGGAGGCAUGAUCGAAGGUGGUGGAGCGCAGAGUGGGAUCAAGCCUGAGGUUGACGAGGACGAUAUGGAUCUGGCGGAUAGGGAGACUAUGAAGGCGCGAGAUUGGGAUGAGUACGUGGAGGCAAACCCGAAAGGCAGUGGGAAUACAUUGAACAGAGGGUGA